UGACCGUUUAGGGAUACAUCACUCUGCACUCUCUCUCUUUCUCUCUCUAUCUCUCUCUUCCAUUUUACAUUAGCUUUGAAGUUCUCCCAUAUUCUUCAACUUUCUCUCUCUCUCUCUCUCUCUAGAUUUUACAUUAUAGCUCUGAAGAUCUUGACUGAUUUCCGAGGCAAAGAAAGAGUGGUCAUGGAGGAUCAAACCCUAGAAACCCUUUCACACAAUAGCGAACAAAUUAUCUCCGGUCACAACACCGAUCCAUCUUUAACUUGUGAAACAGAUCAAACCCUAGAAACUGCAACAUGUGGCACAGAACCAGUAGAAGUGAAUAGUGAUUUGAUGGAUGAGAGUAAUGUUUCAAAUGGAACCCAAGAAACGUGUUCAGAUGGAGAGCAGACGCUACCAAUUCUGCAGAAAGUCAAAGACUUGAGCAAAAGAGUUCAGUUUUUAAAGAAGGAGCACGCAUCUCUAUGCAUUGAAGUGAAAGACUUAACUGCUGAUUCUUUUCCUGGAUUUGAAAUUUUAAAUGCUCUUCAGGGUCUAAGUGCUGAACAUGAGCUUUUGAAAAAGAAAUACGAUGAAGAGUGUAAACUUUUGAAGAAGAAGUACCUUGAAGAGUCAUUUGAACGUAAACGGCUAUACAAUGAAGUGAUUGAGCUUAAAGGCAACAUCAGGGUCUUCUGCAGAUGUAGACCAUUAAACCAAGGUGAAAUCGCAAAUGGGACCACCUCCAUUGUUGAUUUUGACUCAUCUCAAGAAAAUGAGUUACAGGUCAUUGGCUCUGAUUCUUCCAGAAAGCACUUCAAGUUUGAUCAUGUAUUUAGGCCCGAGGACAACCAAGAGACUGUUUUUGCACAAACUUCUCCUGUUGUGACCUCGGUGUUGGAUGGAUACAAUGUCUGUAUAUUUGCUUAUGGGCAAACUGGAACUGGGAAAACAUUUACAAUGGAAGGAACAUACGAAAAUAGGGGAGUUAACUACCGUACUUUGGAGGCAUUGUUCGGGAUUUCCAUUGAAAGGAGCAGUAUAACGAAGUAUGAACUUUUUGUAAGCAUGUUGGAGGUUUACAAUGAGAAGAUAAGGGACCUCCUGGCAGAGAACUCCAACCAACCAGCUAAAAAGUUGGACAUAAAGCAAUCAGCAGAAGGAACCCAGGAAGUUCCAGGACUUGUUGAAGCUCGUGUUUAUGGUACAGAUGAAGUGUGGGAACUGCUCAAGACCGGAAGUCAGGCCAGAUCUGUUGGAUCUACCAAUGCUAAUGAGCUUAGCAGCCGUUCUCACUGCUUGUUGAGAGUAACUGUAAAAGGAGAAAACUUAGUAAAUGGGCAGAGGACAAAGAGCCACCUUUGGCUGGUGGACUUGGCUGGAAGUGAGCGUGUGGGUAAAAUUGAAGUUGAAGGUGAAAGGCUGAAGGAGUCUCAGUUUAUAAAUAAAUCCCUGUCAGCACUUGGGGAUGUAAUCUCUGCUCUUGCAUCCAAGACAACCCACGUUCCGUACAGGAACUCAAAACUCACUCAUAUGCUACAGAGCUCUUUAGGAGGAGAUUGCAAGACGCUGAUGUUUGUCCAGAUAAGCCCUAGUGCAUCAGACUUGGGAGAAACCCUUUGUUCACUAAAUUUUGCAAGCCGUGUACGAGGGAUUGAGCAUGGUGCCGCACGCAAACAGGCAGACCUCACAGAGCUGUUUAAGUACAGACAACUGGCAGAAAAGGCAAAGCAUGAUGAGAAGGAAACAAAGAAAUUGCAGGAUAGUUUGCAGUCCUUGCAAUUAAGACUCGGUGCCAGAGAACAUAUCUGCAGAAAUCUUCAAGAGAAGGUUCGGGAUCUUGAGCUCCAAUUAGCAGAGGAGAGGAAAACCAGACUAAAACAGGAGAGUAGAGCUUUAGGUACUGCUGCUUCUGCUCAUUCUCCGGCCAUGGCAUCCCUAAAACAAUCUCAGAAGACUGUGACAACAGAUAGAAGGCCGCCAUUGGGUCCUUCAAGACUGAGGCUUCCAUUGCGGAGAAUCACCAACUUUAUGCCCCCGCCAACUCCUCUCCCCCCACCCCACAAACCCAGGACUUCUUCCAUUCUCCCAGUUUCAACAGAUGACAAAGAAAACAUAUCAAAAACAAUGAUGGCAGCAAGCAAGACUAGAACACUUUUGAAACCAAGGCGGGGUUCUAUUGCUGUCAGACCACCUCCUCCAACAACAAAUCAGGUUCUUCAGCCUAAAAGGCGGGCCUCCAUUGCAACCCUACGCUGCGAGCCAAACAUGAUGACUCCACUCAACAGUUCAAAUGCCCGAUUGAAGAAAGACCGUGUGAUGGGUCGGCAAUCAUUUGUUUGGGACCCACAAAGGGUGUGGCGUACAUCGAGGAGGCACUCCCCAUUGCCGGAGCUCAAGGAAGCAGGUGCAGCAGCAGUGGAGGCAACUCCAUCUGGGCCGAGAAGCAGCAAGUUUAUGGGAAGUCCACCAACGGGGCAGGCAGGUUCUUGGAAGCCUAAGCAUCCAACAGUUGUUGCACUACAACGGAAGCAGUUAGUGUGGAGUCCUCUGAAGCUGAGAGGCAUGAGAAGUAACAGGAAUUCAUUGCUGCCUUCUUGAUUCCUGACACAGACAUGGAUCAAGAUCUCACACAAUCUGUUUCAUCCACCACCCUAAAAUGUCAAAACCUACUUCUUCUUCUUAGGAUAUAUUGCUGUGUAUGCUUCUUGCUUACUAUACCAACCAUUUGCUACUGAGUUUUUCUUUCUUAGCCUUCAUUUUACAGUGUAUGAUUUUGAUUGGCUAUUUUAGUAAUAAGCAUCUCUCUCUCUCUCUCUCUCUC